UCUCGAGGUUGCUGGGUUCAUCAAUCUCUCAAGAAUGACUGCAUCGCAAGGACACAAACCGUACAUCGUAUUCGGAUAUGGGUCAUUGAUCUUCAAGCCUCCGCCACAUACCAUCGCAGAGACGCCGGGCUACCUCAAGGGAUAUGUACGACGAUUCGCGCAGAAAUCGCACGAUCAUCGAGGAACGCCUGAGAGCCCUGGAAGAGUGGUAACACUUGUGCACAUGGAGGAUUGGCAAGAAUUCUCGUCCUCCGACCCUUUCCCUCGCGAAGACGUGGUAUGGGGUAUUGCAUACACCAUCGACCCAGUUUAUGCAUCUGAAGUUCGGGAUUACUUGGAUUACAGAGAGAAGGACGGCUAUACCCUAGAAUAUGUCGACAUCUAUGGCAUCAAGGACGGCAAAGAGAUAGUCCUUAUCCACCAAGCCGUCUGUUACGUAGGCCGGAAGGAUAACCCUUCGUUUAACGGAUCUGAACCUCUCGAUGAACUCGCCAAUACGAUAUGGCACUCGGUCGGCCCCUCUGGGCGCAACAAGGAUUACUUAUACGAGCUAGCAAAAGCUGUACACAAGCUGUCGCCGGAUUCGUUCGACUCUCACCUGUUUGCGCUUGAGGGUAGGUUGAGGGAGUUGGACAAGACUCACGGACAAGACGAGACUGUGUAGAGACCAAGUUUUGUACAGAGAAUGAUUCGAAAAUGAAUGCCCAGAGUGAUAGAGU